CACAGUUGGAAGCAGCCGGCCACUCCGGCCAGUGUGUGGUAACCGGCCGCUCCACCAACACGUUAACAUGUGGCUGUUCAGAGUGACGCUCGUUUUUGUUGUCGGGGCUUGCUGUCCCACAAGACUGACAAGAACAACUUUACGAUUCUAAGGACUCAAGAUCCAGUUACAUUAAAUACGCGAUGCCAAUUUCCACCUACAUCUGUCCCAGAGUUGAUAACAUACGAUAUCAUGGAAGUAACCGCAUACGCAUACCGUGAAAACUGAAAAUAUAACACAUCUUAAGCCCUGUUAGCAAUAACGCGCUCGAAAGAAAGUUUAACCCAGAUAUGUUUCCGAGACCCACGUACCCGGACAAGAAGACGCCCAUCAUACGUCCCAACCCUGAUUGGGAGGAAGAUUUGAUGCAAACGGUGGUGGUGGGCGAGCGGGAGAUUGAGAGGUGGAAGUCUUACUCCGCUCUCAAGAAAAAGAAAGAUACCAGACAAUGUCUGCAUCUGGCCUACGACCUCGGCCCAGCGCAGAGGAUCAAGCUGAACGACGGCCGGUUCGUGCCCAACUUCGGGAUUGGCACAUGGCUUGGCUUCUCGAGGAAGGGAGACAGGAUGCCGGUGGUGGACGACUCAGUGGAGAAGGCCGUCGGCUGGGCCAUCGAGGCCGGCUACAGACACGUCGACACUGCCAGCAUUUACGAAACUGAGACCCAGGUCGGCCGAGCAAUUCAGGCAAAGAUCAAUGCUGGGGUGGUCAUGAGAGAGCAUUUGUUUGUGGUCACCAAGCUAUGGAACGACCGUCACCUCAAAGAGGACGUGGUGCCGGCGCUGAAGGAGUCGCUCGCGAGGCUCAAACUGAGCUACGUCGACCUGUACCUCGUACACUGGCCCAUACCGCAAUAUAGCAACGGCACCUACUACGAUGCAGACUACGUAGAGACAUGGAAGGGCAUGAUCGAAGCCCGCGACCAGGGCUUGGCCAGGUCCAUCGGCGUCUCCAACUUCAACGUGAAUCAGCUGGACAGGGUCAUCAACCUCACCACUGUCAAACCCGCCAUGCUCCAAGUUGAGGUGAACCUCCACCUGCAGCAGCCGGAGCUGCUGGCGUUCUGUCGUCAGCACAACAUCACCGUCACCGCGUACUCGCCUUUCGGCGAGUUGGUCUCCAGCCGCGCGACCAGCACCACCCCGCCGCCGAAGAUCAACGACCCCAAGCUGGUGGAGAUGGCCAGGAAGUACACAAAGACUGUCCCGCAGAUUAUCUUGAGAUAUCUGGUGGAACUAGGUGUGAUACCUAUACCGAAGUCUGUAAACAAGCAGCGAAUUCGCGAGAACCUCAACGUUUUCAACUUCACGCUGACCCCGCAAGACACAGCGGUCCUGAAGAGCUUCGACCGAGGCUACAGGACCAUCAAGCCGCAAUUCUGGAAGGAUUCGAAGUACUUCCCAUUUGAGAAAUAAAUCAUCUCAUUUUAAAUUACUUA